AUGUCGAACACUCUAUCCGAUACUGCUAACGAGAAAACACAGUCCUCGCAGUCUGUGUUUGUUCAGCACCUUGCCACAUAUCCCGCUAUCACCGCUGUGGCCGGUUUGGUAGCGUCGUUCCCUGUGGUGAAGAUUUUCGCAUCCAAUGCGGUUCCGCUCAUCCAGGCCGUGCACGAGCGUACGCGCAAGGUUUCUGAUCCGCUGGUCAGUGCCGUUGAGCCUGCUCUCAAGCGGGCCGACGAGCUGGGCGACAAGGUUCUCACCGACCUCGACAACCGGUUUCCGGCUCUGAAGACCGUCCAGCCGGCCGAUCUUGUCGAGGGUGCCCAAUCGCGAAUUAACUCGGCCCGUGCAUCUGCCCAGAGCGCCGUCGAUGCCCACCUGAUCCAGCCAGUUGCCAAUGUUGCUGGCGCCGCCAAGGCCCAGUACACCAAGGUGUAUGACACCCAGGGACAAUACAUUGCCACCAUUGUGAACAACCAGGUUGGUCCGGUCAACGUGCGUCUGGAGUCUGUCAUUUCCGAGUACCUCCCCAGUGACCAGGCCCUGCCUCCCAAGGAGGGCACGGAGGUGCAGCGCACAUUUGUUCUUGUCAAGACGGCUGCUGAGCGAGCUCGUCCCCAGAUCCAGGAGUUUGAGGUUUCCACCCGCCAGUACUGCGUCCAGGUCUACCAGGCCAAGCUGAAGGAGCGGGACGGCGAGAAGGAAACGCACUCUUUGAUCUCUAGCUUGCUUGCUGCGGUUGCUGCUGGACGUCAGAUUACUGGCGAGGGUCUUCACAGGGCGGCUGCAAUCAGCGGCCUGCGACCCCAGGAGGCGAAGACGACUGUCUUCAACGACGUCGAGAAGGCCGAGGCCUACAUCACGCCCUCCCGUACCAGCAGUGCCGUUGUGGCCGUUGAGCCUGUACAGGCAGUAGCUGUUCCUGCCCACUAA